ACACGAGACACCAAAACCAACGAGAUUAUCGCAGGAACAUCUGAUGCGCAGCAUCAUAGUUCGUCCAGAAAUACUUUCAUCACGUUGCAUCCACGCAACUAUCCGAUAGCCACCGGGUGGAGACAACAAUGUGAGAGGUCCGACACAAAGCCCGAUACAAAGACGGCUAACAUCGUUGCUGAUCGGACAACCUUGGGUACCAGUGAGUGCAUGGGAUGCUCAACUGAAGAGGCUUGCUACUUUUGGGUCAUUUCAACACAAUAUUCUCAAUCCCUUUCAGGCUCCAAAAACAAAGGCUUAUGUUCUAUUGUUGACACAUUUGAAACAAUUCUUUUUUUUUUCACAUUUGAAACAAUUCUUUUUUUUUUCUUCUUCUUUUUUUAGAGUAGUGCAGGAUGGAAUUAUUAUUUUUUGUUGAGUUCUUCUCAGUUUUUCAUUGUCGACCAAUGCACCACAUUAAGUUUGAAUGAUAGGAAGCUAAAGAAAAUAACUUGACUGGAAGGCCCAGUUGCUUUAAAAUAUUUCUAAAGCUGGGAGAGGCAGUAGCAAGAUGCUGUCCUCUACAGCCAUGGAUUCACUGGCCAGUUGGAGAAGGAGUCUGGUCCCUCAGACGUCUUAAUGAAGGCCGUGUUCUGGCUGAGAACUGAGACCAAGGUCCUAAAAGGCUAACAAGUGAGGCACUGUCCUCUCCUGCUGUUGACUUGCCUUUAUAUUCUGUGUAGUAGGAUCCCCACACUUCCCCCUAAAGCCUCAAGAUGGGCCUGUUCUUAGACUUCAACCCCUUUGAUAACCUGCUGUGCAUUCUCCUGGGCAUCUCCUUCACGGUGUGGUUCACCUUACUGCUGGUCUUCAUCAUCGUGCCUGCCAUCUUUGGAGUGUCCUUUGGCAUUCGACAGCUCUACAUGAAAACACUACUGAAGAUCUUUGAGUGGGCCACACAUAGGAUUGAAAGAGGAGCCAAGGACAACAACCAUCUCUUGUACAAGCCUUACUCUAAUGCCAUCAUCGCCAAGGAGCCCACCUCCCUGGAGGAGGAGAUAAAGGAGAUCCGGCGCAGUGGCAGUAACCGGGACCUGGACCAUGCCUCCGAGUUUGAGAUGUCCGACAUCUUCUACUUCUGCCGGCAAGGAGUUGAGAGCAUCAUGGACGACGAAGUGACCAAGAGGUUUUCUGCUGAGGAGCUGGAGUCAUGGAACCUGCUGACCCGUAGCAACUACAACUUCCAGCACAUCAGUCUGAGGCUGACUGUCCUGUGGGGGCUGGGGGUGGUGAUCCGCUACGGCUUCCUUCUGCCUCUCAGGGUAACUCUUGCCUUCACCGGGGUGGGUCUUCUGGUCGUACUCACCUCCAUCAUCGGGUUUCUUCCAAAUGGGAGGAUGAAGAACUUCCUCAGUGAGCAGGUGCAUCUGAUGUGUUACCGGAUCUGUGUCAGAGCGCUCACUGCCAUCAUCACCUACCACGACAGUGAAAACAAGCCCAAGAAUGGAGGGAUCUGUGUGGCCAACCACACCUCACCCAUUGAUGUCAUCAUCCUGGCAAGCGAUGGCUGCUAUGCAAUGGUUGGGCAAAUCCAUGGUGGUUUGAUGGGCGUGAUCCAGAAGUCUAUGGUGAAAGCCUGCCCACAUAUUUGGUUUGAACGCUCUGAAGUCAAAGACCGACAUCUAGUGGCCAAAAGAUUGAGUGAUCAUGUAGAAGACAAAACUAAACUGCCUAUUCUCAUUUUCCCUGAAGGCACCUGCAUCAACAACACUUCAGUAAUGAUGUUCAAAAAGGGCAGCUUUGAGAUUGGCUCUACAGUCUACCCUGUGGCCAUCAAGUACGACCCCCGCUUUGGAGAUGCCUUCUGGAACAGCAGCCAGUUUGGGAUGGUCAACUACCUGCUGAGGAUGAUGAGCAGCUGGGCCAUUGUGUGCAGCGUGUGGUACCUGCCACCCAUGACCAGAGAGGAAGGAGAGGAUGCAGUCCAGUUUGCCAAUCGGGUUAAAGCAGCUAUCGCCAGGCAAGGUGGGCUGGUGGACUUGCUAUGGGAUGGAGGUUUAAAGCGAGGGAAGGUAAAAGACACCUUCAAAGAGGAGCAACAAAAGUUAUACAGCAAAAUGCUAGUGGGAACCCAAGAGGACCGCAGUCGUUCUUGAAGACAAAUGCAAGGAGUUUAAGAUGAUCAAGACCCACUUGGGGACCACCGAAUGGACAGUAAAGGAGUUUUUGACUUGGAAUACUCCCACCCUCAUGUCAGGAAUAUUUCACUUGGUGGACUUGCUAAGUCCACUCAGCUUGGCAUUUCAAGUUCUCAUUGCUGUUACAGCCCAUUCUGGGCCUUGUCUCUGUUUCUAAUGAACUGGCCUCUACUGUACCAGUGUGACAUGAAACUGCUCACUACGAUGGUUUGUUGUCUUCGCUGAUGGUGACAAAACUGUAUUUUGAGUGACUAAUGUAUGUAUGUCCUUCAUUGAGUUAAUGUAUAUGUCUUGUUCUUAUCAUUUCUCUUUUUUUGUUUUAUUAUUGUUAAUAGUAAUUAUGACAGUUAUUAUCAUAAUUGUUCUUUAAGUUACAAGAGAUAUGUGUGGAGAUGUACUGUAGCAAUGCAACAUAGAGAAGUACUGUCAAGUUUGUACUGAAGGGGAAAACUGUGACCAUGAUGGGAAAUGCAUGAAUGGCUUGUUCCCAACACGACCAAGAUGGUGAGGUGCCACGUAAAUAUGUUUCUAAUACUUUUUUAUUGUUUGUUUUUUUAGAUGAAAAAAAGCCUUUUGUUUUAAAGGUCCAAUGCAGCUGUUUUAAUCUCAAUAUCAAAUCAUUUCUGGGUAGCAAUUAAGUACCUUACUGUGAUUGUUUUCAAUUAAAAUGGUCAAAAAGAAACCAGGAAAGCUUCUUAGCAAAGAGCAAUUUCUCAAGCAAGAAUUUUGCUAGGACUGCCUGGGAGUGGUGAGUGAAAAACAGAAAACUGCCUGUUAUUGGCAGAGAGGGCUAGAACUCUUAUUUAUUCGUCUAUUAACGAUUUACCUCCUAGUGAUGUCACCAGGCAGGCCAAGACUCCAUCCUACCAAAACUUCAGGCGGUCUUUUGAAACAGCUUACACUAAAAGGGCAUUAUUAUCAUUGUCACAAUUGCACAGUAUUAUUCCCACCUCAUAAUGUGGAAAUAUAUAUAGAACACAGGAAAAUCACAUUUGACUGCACUGGGCCUUUAAGCAUUGUAUUCAUGUGUAAAAUAUGGGAGUUGUGUUAAAGUGGAGCUUGUUUUUGUUUUCUUUGUUUCUGUUGUGAUGAAUAUACAUUCUCAGUGACUGGUGGGGGUUGUUGAAAUGUAGUAGAUACUCAACUUUUGUCACAUCUAAACUAGCCUACCUUAUCUCAAUUAACACUUACACCUGCCUCCCACCCUUAUCUACCGUGAAGCUACUUUCUGAGCUGUGUAAAGACUGAGGCCUCUGCCAUCGACACCUCACGAUAGCUGUAGUUUAAGCAGCAUUGUGUGCUUUUAAUUUGUUUACUUCCUAAUUAUUUGUUAUAACAUGGUUAAAACGUGAUAUCAUACCGGGCCAUGGAUGUGAAAAGUAUGCCUUGUUCCCUAGCUGCUCUAUUAAUACUUCCAUGAAGGCUUCUCAUCAUCUACUGUGGGAAUUCUCAUGCCAAAUGCACUCCAGAAAGUGAGGGGGCCUGAAGGAGAAAAUGAAAGUACAGCUGCAGAGUUAGACUGAUUCCCUGCGCGGCUGCAGUGCAAGCCUAGUGGAAAUCCCUGGCCAUCGCCUUCCUCAAACUCCUGUUUGGUUCUCUCAUCCCUGUAUACAUUGCUGUACCAAGGGUAUAGACGUUUAGAUCAAAAUCUGUCCAAUGUUGACCAAUAAAAACCCAAGGAUGAAGAUAUCAAA